AUGUACCAGACGACAGACCCUCAUGAAGGUUGGCAAUUGGCACUGCCCGCGAUGGUCCCUCAUUCUUCAGAAGGUUGGCAAUUGGCACUGCCCGCGAUGGUCCCUCAUUCUUCAGAAGGUUGGCAAUGGCAAACGCGACAAAUAGAUACUUCGCGUCCGUGA